AUGGAUAUUGUGGCUGCCGAUUACGAUAAGCAUACAAAAAUAUGGAGUGGUCCAAAAAUAGCACCACUCCACAAUAUCGAACAUCAUUCGGUGGGAAGGAUUUUGUUUGGACAAUUGCGAACACAUCCGAAGAAUAUUUUAUUGAUAGAUGACGAUGUCAAUAGAAGUGUAACCAAUCAGGAAGCCCUCACAUGGGGUAUUCGCAUUGCUCUCUUCUUAAAGAGUCGACGCAUGCGUCAUGAUGAUGUGGUGGGUAUUGUAGCUCGUAACACAACCUAUCUGACAUCUGUUGCCUUGGGAUGUUUCUUUAAUUGUACACCAUUUCAUGGAGUAAAUGCCAGCUAUCAAGAAGCUACUCUCAGUCACUGUUUUGGUAUUACUAAACCCGCAAUCAUUUUCUGUGAUGGUCAGGAUUAUGAAAAGGUUAAAAAUGCUACCGAAUCCUUUAAACCCGAUAUUUUUACCAUAAGUGAACAUAUUGAGGGUGUGGCAUCUAUACUGGAGCUACUUGAAACCAAUCCAAAGGAAUAUUUUUAUCAGCCAGAAAAACUAACAUUGGGCGCUGAUCAAACCGUCUGCAUCAUGUGUUCGUCGGGAACCACGGGAUUGCCAAAGGCUGUUACAAUAUCGGCACAUAAAUUAAUGUUUGAGCACCCGUAUCUCCUAACCAGUGAGGAUGUUAUUUACACCCCCUCCGCCUUGGAUUGGAUGAGUGGUCUAAUGAUUACAUUGAUGAACAUUUAUAUGUGCUGUACACGAGUUAUAACCAGUAAACCAUUCGACCCGGAGCAUUUUAUUGGCUUGGUGAAAAAAUAUAAAAUAACCAAUACCACCAUAUCCCCCGUACAGGUUGUGGCCCUAAGAGAAUCUACCCAAUUCAUAGCGGAAAAUGUAUCAUCUAUCAAAAUUUUAAAUUGUGGUGGUGGUUAUAUUUCCAAACAAACCUUGGCCUACGUACAAAAUAUCCUACCUAAGGCAAUGAUCUGCUUCGGAUAUGGCCUCACGGAAGCUGGUGGUGUAUCGGGUUACUUCGGUUUAGAACGUGGUAAUUCGGUGGGAAAACUGGUACCCAACAUACGUCUACGUAUUGUUAAUGAUAAUGGUGAAAAUCUUGGACCAAAUGAGACUGGAGAAAUUUGGGUCAAUUAUCCACAUCAUUGGGCCGGAUAUUAUGGCAAUCCCAUUGAGACACGACGUAUCUAUGAUUCCAUGGGUUGGUUCCAUACCGGCGAUUUAGGUUAUAUGGACAAAGAUGGUUUCCUUUAUGUCAAGGAUCGUAAAAAGGAUAUUCUGAAAUAUCAAGGAUUACAUUUUUGGCCGGGUGAAAUUGAAAAUGUUAUACGGGAGUUGCCAGAUGUGGUGGAUUGUUGUGUUGUCGGUGUGUACGAUGAACGUCUGGGUGAGGUACCCGGAGCCCUGGUGGUAAGAAGAAAUGGUUCUAAUAUUAAGGCGGAAGAAAUUGUCGAUUAUGUCAAGGAGCGAUUGAUGGAGCCACAAAAACAAUUACACAAUGGUGUGUAUUUUGUCGAAUUGCUGCCUCACAAUAGUAAUGGUAAAAUUUUAAAACGUGAGGCGAGAGAUUUGUUCGAAAUGUUAAUGAAUGGGAAAUAG